UUUUAUUCUCAUCACAUGUUCCCCUCCCUCUGCUGCCUCCCCAUUUCUCUCCUACCGUUCGGCUUCAUCCUCGUUCUCCUCUGUGUUUCAGAUUCUUUUUGUGUUUUUCUGUUCAUCGGACAGAGUGACUCGCCACGCUCCGACUGCCCCCUUCUCCCCACAGAAUCGGACACCUCUGUGGUUGCAGUGAGACCACAAGCUCAGACACAGCUGUACAUGGAGACCCCUAGCUGGGCAGAAACGAAACCAGGAAACGGGCUGUGUAAAACAGGAAGCAUUGCUCUCUUUGGAAACGUAGUGUACAGUGGGCUGCUGAACGAUCACUUCUGGCAUUUCGGGGUGCCCCUCGUCACAAGACUGGGUAACCAGGAGGCCCCAGCUCCCCCAGAAGCCAUGGCUCAGCCGUACGCCCCAGCGCAGUAUCCUCCUCCUCCACCUCAGAACGGGUUGCCUGGCGAAUACACCCACCCUGGGCAGGACUACACGGGGCCCAGUCCGGUCCCUGAGCACGCUGCAGCCCUCACUAUCUACACACCCACACAGACACACAGCGAACCACCUGGCACUGACAGCAGCACGCCUUCCCUUACAGGGACUAGCAGCAUACCACAAGUGGACGACGUGGCACAGACAGACGGCUCCCAGCAGCUUCAGCUCCAGCCCUCAGACUCUUCGGAGAAGCAGCAGCCCAAACGGUUACACGUCUCCAACAUUCCCUUCCGCUUCCGUGACCCAGACCUCCGGCAAAUGUUCGGGCAAUUUGGGAAAAUUUUGGAUGUGGAAAUUAUUUUUAACGAGCGGGGCUCUAAGGGUUUUGGUUUCGUAACUUUUGAAACAAGCGCAGACGCAGACCGCGCACGGGAGAAAUUAAAUGGUACAAUCGUAGAGGGACGCAAAAUUGAGGUAAAUAAUGCGACGGCAAGAGUAAUGACAAACAAAAAAGUGGCCAACCCCUAUACAAAUGGCUGGAAGCUGAAUCCAGUGGUGGGAGCUGUCUAUGGUCCUGAAUUUUAUGCAGUGACAGGCUUCCCCUAUCCAACCACAGGGGCGACGGUGGCUUACAGGGGUGCCCACUUGAGAGGCAGAGGUCGUGCCGUCUACAACACGUUCCGUGCUGCACCUCCACCCCCUCCCAUUCCCGCUUAUGGAGCUGUGGUUUACCAAGAUGGCUUCUACGGUGCUGAGAUCUAUGGUGGCUAUGCAGCAUACAGAUAUGCCCAACCAGCCGCAGCAGCUGCAGCAGCCUACAGUGACAGCUAUGGCAGAGUCUAUGCAACAGCAGACCCUUAUCACCACACGAUUGGACCUGCAGCCACGUACAGCGUGGGCACUAUGGCUAGCCUUUACAGAGGAGGUUACAGUCGCUUCACACCCUACUAGAGAGAGAAUCAAUCCCCCCGACCAAACAAACAAACAAACAAAUAAACAAAAGAAAGCAAACACAAACAAACAACCCACCCACCUCCACCGUCAAGGUUUGCAAAGCGCGAACCUUCCCCGAACAGUCACAUUUGGGCUAAAGCUCUGCUUAUCAUCCUGCGGUUAUCCGGCAUUUCUGUUGCUUGGCUAUUGAUUUGGAAUCUGUUUUGUUUGUAUUGAAAUGUGUGGUUCGGGAGGGGAGGGGCUGAGUGACAGAGGGAAGGGUGGGGGGAGGGGGGGCUGUCCAAUGAGUUUUCUCAUUUAGUCGCGGUGUAGAUUUAUGGGCAUGAGCUCAGCUGAUUUAUGUGGACAGGGAGUGGGCCAGGAAGUGAGUUUAUUUGCCUGACUAAAUGGCACAGCAAUGAGCAACUUGAGCAAAACAACAGCAGUGCUAGACUCGCACACGUAUAUUUGCAGUCUUUGCAUUAAAGGCCCCACUGAACACCCACUUAUUAGAAGUGACGAUGACUGCUAUUCAUUACAAUGAGAAAAGAAAACCUCUAAGGUUUUGCUUAUGCUAUCUGUAAACUAAUAUAGCCUUACUAUUUUUUUUUUCUCCAGUAAAUAUCAAAGGGGAACAUUCAUUUACGAAUCUCUAUGAUUGUUUACCAAAACUAUAUUGCAGUAGUGUUUAAAAUGAUAGUCGGCUACAUGGACCCAUCAUAAAGGUUUUCAAGUAAUUCUGUCACUCACACCCUCUUUCAUUUUGACGUACUGUUAUGUAACUCAAUGAAUUUAUUGUCUGUAUGAUUGCAACUGUGUCAUUUGGGGAGAUUGAUUUCAAGACUUUUUUAAAGUUUGGUAAAAAAAAAAA